ACCUAUAUAGACAGGUGAGCUGCCUGCAGUACGAUUGUGUUUUAUAUAAAUGCACGUGUUUUAUAAAGGCUACAGAGAAAAUGGCUCUGGCCGUGUGUCUGGUUAUUGCACUUGUAUCAGCGGCACAUUGUGGCAGUCACACUUUACGUUAUUCUGUAUCGAUGACUUCUUCACCGACCCAGGGGCUGCCUCAUUUUUUAAUUACAGGACACAUGAAUGACUUGCUAUUUGUAAAAUAUGACAGCGACAUAAAUAGCGCUCAGUUUAUGUUCCCGUCCCUGAAUGUUCUCUCUGGACACUUGGAGAUGCUGACGAACUUGGGCCACAGAUGGCAGGUUUCUCAGGAACGCAAGAUGACAUUUCUAAUGGAAUUUCUGAACAAAACGUCCGACACGGGCACUAUACACGUGUACCAGCGUAGAAAUGCCUGUGAGCUACACGAGGAUGGCACAGUUGGUGGAUAUGUAGAAUUUGCACUUGAUGGAGAGGUGGUUAUAACACUGGACAGAGAGAAAGGAGUGUUCGUGCCGGAAAUACAAGAGGCUGUGACUCUUAUACCAGAGUGGAGCAAGGAUUUGUGUUGCGCAAUGUGGAAUAAGAUGUACAUGGAGAACGAUUGCAUUAGUUAUAUAAAGCUCUACCUCCCUUUAAUAGCAAACAACUUGGAGAAGAAAAUCAAGCCCAAUGUGAAGAUUUCCAGCUCAGAGUCAGAGAGUGGCAUCAAACUGCACUGCUGGGUGUAUGGGUUCUACCCCCGAGAUGUGGAAGUGAAGUGGAUAAAGAAUGGGAGAGAUGAGAUUUACUCAGAGGAAUCAGCAGAGAUCCUGCCAAACCCUGAUGGCACCUAUCAGAUCAGAGUCAGUGUGGAGGUAACACCAGAGGAGGGCGCCACUUACUCCUGCCAUGUGGAUCACAGCAGUUUGGAGAAGACAAAGGUUGUUCCCUUUGAAAGAGAGACCAAGAAAUCACACAUUAUUUAUACUAUAGUUGCUGUGGCUGCCGCUGCUCUCCUUGUUAUUAUUGGCCCAGGAGUUUAUAUAAAAAGAAAGAUAAACGGUUGUGAAUGCAGCCGGCAGAGUGUGAGCACAGAGGAACAAGACUAGAAAUCAGUAACGGAUAUACUUUAUGUCCCUAUAUUGUGAAUCAUAAGUUAUCUUAGCAGAGCAGAAGCUGAGGUUUUUUUCCCCAUUUGUGUAAGCCAUGCUGCCUAAAAGUGUAUAAAUGGGGAAAUGUCAAGCACAAUUCUGAGUCUGUUAAAUAGAGAAAUAUAGAAGAUAAUAGAGUGGAUAUUUGCAAAAUAUGUUGGUGCUAUAUAAAUAGGUGUUUAUAAUAGUAGAGACUAACAUUCAAUUAUAUGGUUACAUGCCAUUGUACUAAUUGCAGCACAAAAAAAAUUUGCAAAUAUGUGACAAUGAUCAAUAUAAAGGGUUGGCUUUGGUAAGUCAUCAGAGUCAAGGUAACCAAAUAAUUUAAAAAUUAUUAUGAUGGAAUUCAAUCCCAUUUAAAUUUAGAAACAGCUCUUCUAGAACGAUUUUCUAAAAGUGUCCCUUUUAAUGUAAUGUAGGAACAUUUAUACAAACUUGUGUCUUCUCUUAUCGUGUUUGUGACCACCAAAAGAAUUUGGCAAGCACAAAAAUGCAUUCUGUGAAUACAUACGUUUACAAUGUGCAUACUUAUGUUUUCAAAAUGUAAUUUUUUUCAAUUAAAUUUGAAUUCUUAAUUAAGUUUAAUUUUCUUUCUUCAGCAAUAUUUUACUGAACAUAGAAUUGAUUUUGUAAUUAUGAAAUAAAUUAAUUUGUGUGGACU